GCGCAUCGAUGCAGGCGCGUCGGCAAAUAACCUCAUUCUGCAUACUGAGUGUUAUUUAGAAGGUCUUCUAUUCCAGCGUGGGUUUGUAAAGGUGAUCCCAGCAGAAGUGACAUCCACAGCUCAAGUACCGCCAUGGCUGCGCUGUCGGGAGGAGAGAUGUGCAUCAAAUACCUGAUGUUUGCCUUCAACCUGGUUUUCUGGCUUGCAGGCACUGCUGUCUUUGCUAUAGGCCUGUGGCUGAGAUUAGACCCAAAGACCAAGGGUCUGUUUGAAGGAGCAGACUCCCCAUAUGUGUUUUACACAGGUGUAUAUAUCCUGAUAGGAGCUGGAGCACUGAUGAUGGUAGUGGGUUUUCUGGGAUGUUGUGGGGCCAUCCAGGAGUCCCCCUGUAUGCUGGGACUGUUCUUCUUCUUCCUGCUUAUCAUAUUUGCCAUUGAGGUUGCGGCUGGAAUCUGGGUGUUUUCAAAUCAAAGCAAGGUGGUGAAUGACAUCACAACAUUCUACAUGCAGACCUACAAUAACUACAAGACAACACAAGACCAGCGCCUCAAAGAGACUCUGCUGGUGAUUCAAACCGGGCUGAACUGCUGCGGACCAACUGGUAGUGUAGAUACUGCCAAAGACACCUGUCCCCAGGGAGAGCCUCUUGAGGAGCUCAUUACAAAGAGCUGCCCAGACGCCAUCGACGAGGUGUUUGACUCCAAGCUACAUAUCAUAGGAGGAGUGGGCAUCACUAUCGGUGUUGUCAUGGUGUUUGGGAUGAUCUUUAGUAUGCUCCUGUGCUGCGCCAUCAGGAAGUCUCGGGAGGUGGUGUGACACCCACCAUCACAUCUCAGAGCCCUUGUUAAUGUUGCAUGAUGUCAUUCCCAGAGUCACAUGACUCUCCGCUGCCAAUAAAAACACUGCUUGUUCAAGGGGGCUAAUCUAAGCAAGACUGGGUGCAGAUAUUUCAGAUUAUUACAUAGUUUAUGUAUGCAUCAGUUAUAACUGUGCUGCCUACACUUAGGCCCACCUUCCUGGACUAGAUAGAUGCGAUGUGGUUAUUAGGCCCAACUAUAGAGUGGGUAUCAUCUGUGCUUCAGUGGCAAUGUAGUAUAGAAAUGUGUAAUUUUGUGGUCAUUUGAUUGAAAUUAGUGUUUGUGAACUGCUAAUUAUCUAAACAAAAGAUCAUAUUAUUAUAUACUGAUCACAUUUCUAUUGCUAUCAGUUGGGGUCACCUACCAGCCAGAAAAGUCAUGGACCAGCGCCAUAAAAAUGACAACCACCACCACUUCACCACAGUACAGCAGUAACCAAUGCAAUCCUACAGUCCUUUUUCUUACAACACCGAAGCCAAACAAUGGUGAAUAGUAGCCAACUGAAUGCCGAGCUGUGAACUGCAGUGACUGGUCUCUUCCAGAUUGGUACGAAGUGUAGCAUUUCGGUUCCGUCAUUGUGACAUUUCAUUUGUUCCUCCUCUUUCUGUGUCCAUCCCCUAACUCGCCCUUUCUGAAAAAAGCCUUUAAUUUUUUUUGUCACAUUUUGUAAAUGUCUUCUUUUUUAUUUGUAAAAGAUUUAUAUACUUAGGUAGUUGUAUGGUACAUGUGGUUUGAUGAUGUAUUUUAUAAUGUUCUUCUCAUUUUACAGAGAUUUCGGGUUGAUUUAUACCAUAUGCACUAUUUCACAGAGACAUAAAAUAAUGAGAGCAAAAUAAACCAAAAUAUUCUGAA